AUGUCGAUGUCUCGCUCAGAAAUCUCGAAAGAAAGAGUCAGGACCACAAAGGUCUUAUCAAGGCACCAGCUGCGCAUAGCUCAGGGUCUGCCACCAUCGAGACGAGGUGAUGAUGAGUGUAAUACGAAAAGAGCAAGAAAAGAGGCGGGAAGUGGAAACGAGGUAACGAAACAGAUGAGAAACGGCGCGCUUGAUCCCGUGGUUAUCGGGAGUGAAAUUUCGGCAACGGUCACCCCAGAAGACUUCGAGAGUACUAUGAAACAGCGCAUAAGAACGCCCGCGGUGAUCGACCUCGUAAAAAUGCGAAACAGCGGCGCGGUGCUUCUCUCAAACAUCAACGUGGUUGUGUCGGAUGAGACAGUGCCGGAGAGCGUGCGACAACUGUGCGUAUCAAUGAGGGCAUUUGUUAAUUCUGUUAUCGGCGUCACGUGUGUGGAGAAUCAAAAUACGGCAUACGUAAUAGAUGAUAUUUCGAAAAUGCAUGAGCGUUUUUCUGGAGUAUCGCCAUCAGCCGAGGUUAAUGCUUUCUUCGUUAUCUUUGAGGAUGAUUUCACCUUCGAUGCCACGAGAAUAAAGGAAUCAUAUGAGGUUGAUUUGGAAAUUGGAGAUGAAAUAAAACGUGUUUCACUUCGGGAUCUUCUCAGUGACUAUGGGAAUAGCGGAGGACAAGUUAUGGACGUUACGUCAUCGGAUAUAAUUGCGCCAUAUACGCGAUUCGUUUACGACAAGAUAUUCGGUGAGCAUUGCGCUCGUUUCACAAUCUGCAAGACGAAGAGUAGAAAGGAAUUGGAGCGCGUGCCACCGCGCUUGACCAACGGAUUGCUGAAUUUGUUUUUGGACGGUUUCGCAAUUCCGCAUGAUUCCUUGCUUCAAAACGCUAAGCAGCAGGACAUGCGACAAUCAAUAAUUAAGAAAAUGGCUGCGAGAGGGCGUCAGUUUUUGUAA